GCACACGCUGUUGCUCGGCGGCGACGCCAUGGGCGGCAUUUGGAGCAGCUGGUCGACGGAGAUCCUGCUCGGCCUCAGCUUCGUGGCGCAGCUGGUGCUCACCGUCACCGCCGGGUUCCGGUGGCGCGGCGCCGGCAGCAGGAUGCGCUGCGUCAUCUGGUUCUCCUACGUCAGCGCCGACUACGUGGCCACCACCGCCCUUGGCAACCUCUCCAUCAGCCGCACGGCCGGCAGCCGCCGCCUCGCCGCGUUCUGGGCGCCCUUCUUCCUGCUCCACCUCGGCGGGCCCGACAGCGUCACCGCCUACGAGCUCGAGGACAACCAGCUGUCGGCGCGGCACGUGCUCGAGCUCAUCCUCCGCGUCGCCGGAGCAGUGUACAUCGUCUACAAGUCCACCUCCGGCAGCUGGGCCUUGAUCCCGGCGUCCUGGCUGAUGCUCUUCGUCGGCGUGGCCAAGUACGCCGAGAAGACGAUGGCGCUCCGCCGCGCCAACCUGGCCAACGUCCGGAGAACCGUAGAGAGGGAGCGGCGGCUGCAGCGCCGCCGCAGCCGCACUACGAAGGCGAACCUCUCUUUUGCCGGCGACGAUGACGAAGGUGGCCUGUUGAUGAAGGCUCACACCCUGUUCCCCAUCUGCAAGAACUCCAUGGUGGACUCGUCGGUGGAGACGGCGUCCAACACCGACGACGCUGCUAUAGUUCACGCAAAGGAAACCCUCUUCAGGGAAGAGAACUACAAGAAUGUGUUCAGGGUGAUGGAGAUGGAGCUCUCGCUCAUGUACGACUUCCUCUACACCAAGGCCGCCGUCAUCCACACCUGGCACGGCUACGCCAUCCGCGCCGUGUCGCCGGUGUUCACCGCCGUCUCGCUGGUCCUCGUCGAGCUCAGCAACGUCGCCGGCCACCACCGGCGAUCCGACGUCGUCAUCACCCGCGUCCUGCUGGUGGCCACCUUCCUCCUCGAGACGUUGUCGCUGCUCAGGGCCCUUGCCUCGUCAUGGACCGGCUUCUGGCUGGACCGCGAGCUCCGACCAGUUUGGGGUUGUGGUUGGAUUCGCCAUGAAGUUCUAUGCAGAAGCCGGUGGACCUGGUUGCGUCGUCAGGUGGCCUCCAUCGGCCGUCUCGCCGGCGCCAAAGAUCACCGGAGAUGGUGCGGCAAGAUGGGGCAACUCAGCGUGUUGCAGCUCAUCAUCACCGGCAGCGCCAGCGAGCAGGAGGAUCGAUCUUGGGACAAGGAAUGUGAGACAUACUCCAAGGAGAAGACCAUCGUGGUCCCACAAGACGUGAAGGAGCUGUUCUUCCGGAGAUUGUUGGGGCAGUUAAUCGACCUGAGGAAGAGGAUGAAGGCGGACACAGGUACGGAGACGGAGCUAAGGACUAUGGUGGCCAACAUGAGGUCGAAGAGGGGCCAGCUGACGCUGCAGAAUUAUGAUUUGUGGAACCAACUCCGGUGGAGCCUCGGCGACGAGCUCCAGCUGGGCAUCCUCACAUGGCACAUCGCCACGGACAUCUACCUCUCCCAGUCCGUCAAAGCCAUCGUCGCCGCCGUGGAAGAUGAUGCCGUCCUAGCUCGAUGGCUGAUGGGUAUCAGAACGCUGUCCAACUACAUGAUGCACCUCCUUGCCGUGCGCCCCGACAUGCUUCCGGGCCUCGUCACCCGCAAGCUGUUCGAGCUCACCUGCGACGAUCUGGCCCGGGUUUGGUCCAAACAUCAAACGUCGACAUCGGUUGGUGCCGCCGGUGGCGACGACCUAGAGUCAUCUUCUUCCUCGCCAAGAAAUAUCUGCCGGCUACGCGAUCUGUGGCGAGUUUCUCCAAAGACGAUCGAGCAACAGAACAAACUUGCUGGGAUGCUUAUCAAACAAUGGGAAUGGGACAGAAAACAAGAGUCCGGCGCCGUUGAACUAAACAAAUAUCUCUCGCGCGGGAUCGAGCUCGCCAAGAAAUUGCUCCACCUAGAGGUGUCACGUAAAGACAUCGACAAGGUUCUGCAGGUGAUCCUGGAGGUGUGGGUGGAAAUGCUCUUCUACGCGGGCUACCGGUGCAGCAAGGAGUCGCACGCCAAGCAGCUGAGCCAGGGCGGCGAGCUCACCACCAUCGUGUGGCUCAUGGCAGAACACGUCGGCCUGUUCCUUGUCAACAAAACCAGCAAGGGAGCUGAAGAAGAUUACUGGAACACCAGGAAAAGACGCUACAGCCGGCAGCCAGCCAGCCAGAACGUCUGAUAGAUGCUUCAAACUAGUAGUACUAACUUGCUUUGCCAUUAUUUGCUCGUACUGUCCUUGUUUGGUUGUAGCAAGCGAUACUUUAUGGAAUUGUAAGUUUCAUACCACAACAGGUAUAUAUCAAAUUAUAUCUUUCAAAGGUCUUAUCUUUUUC